GCAGUUGGUAAGCGUCUGGCGGCCUUACGCUACGGCGAUUUAUAGUGCGCAAUUUUUUUUUGCUUUCAAAAUUUAUUCAAAAAACAAGAAAAGUAGAUAAAACAUGGCUUUUCAAAACGGAAAAAUUCUCAUAUCUGUUGAUCCAUAUGAAGAUGCGGAAAAUUCUUUCGAUUGGUAUACAAAAUAUUUGCACCAUCCAAGCAACGAGAUCGUUGUCCUUCACGUUCCCGAGGGAUUUGACUUGGACAAAGCCCAAAAAGAUCUUGCAAAGAGUGGACAAAUGAAGGAGUCUAUGGAAAAGACUUAUUCGAAAAUAACCGAAUUGGAAGAAAGAUAUAACCAUAAACUUCAUACAGGUGGGUUAAAAGGCCGAGUGAUAAGCGUACCGAGUAAGAGCGCUGGGAAAACAAUAAUAGAGGUUGCUAAAGAAGAGGCUGCCUUUGCUAUAGUAAUGGGUACCAGAGGAAGAAAUAAACUACAAAAAGCCCUUCUGGGUAGUGUUUCUGAUUUCGUUGUGAAAAAUGCCGAAGUUCCCGUAAUUGUUGUUAGACGACCCGAAUUCAAGUAAAAGUAUUUCAAGAUAUUUCGUUUGUGGAUAUUAAAUUUCUGUCCCUUUAACUAUUUUGAUGUUUUGAAGAUUAUAUUUGCAUUAAGAAAAUAGAAUAAAGACUUGCGGGUGGUACCUUGGCCGUUUAUAUAUCAAAUAUUUGAAUAUACAGCAUAUAUGUAUACAUUUAUAUAUAUAUAUCUAUAUAUAUAUAUAUUUAUAACUAUAUUAUCCAUAUAUAUUAACUGGUCUCGUAACUCUCGUGUGUAUCACUUACGGUAUGAAUGAGUACAAAUAGUGAUUUAACCUGUUUAGAAAACAUUUGUAUUGGACGAAAUAAAUCAAAUUAUACGUGUUGACGAUCAAAAGAUCGGCG